AAAAGUUGGGACAGGGGCAACAAAAGCCUGGGAAAGUAAGUGUUGAACUGCUAAAUAAAUAAAGGUGUUGCAGUUUGGUCAUCCGGACGCGUGAUGACGCUGUGAGAAAAUCCUGAGGAAAGUUUCCACUCAAAAAUCCGGUGUUGUGUUCGGACUGUUCAACAGCUCCAUGAAUUUCUGGUGUGUUUUUAUUACAUUUUUUUUUUUUUUUUUUUACAAAGACGGAUAAAGCUGCCUUCAAUUUAACGCUGUUAUUUUAAACACACUCGUGUCCUGUUUAAAACGCCGACACUGGAGCCGUGUGAAGAAGUCUGUUCACUUCUGAAGUAAAGCUACACGUUUAUCUGGGGAAUAAUAAUAAUAAUAAUAGUAUUAUUAUUAUUAUUAUUAUUAAUAAUCAUUCACCAAGCGGCUGGAGCCUCGCUGUAGUGAUGGAAGUCUCGAGGCAGGAGCACACUAAAGAUCCUCUUCCGCUGCCCUCUCUGCGCCUCCUGGUCCCACCUCUGCGACUCGUGUCUGCGGUGCUGUGGCGGAUCGUGCAGCAGCAGGAUGUGAUGCAGUACGGGAUGCUCGCAGACUUUGUCUCGUUGGUUACUGAAGCUGUACCGGACCUCUUUAGUCCCACGCAUGCAGUCGAACUUGUUCUGGGUCUACGAGCAAAGCUGAUUUUGGAGCUGUGCUACAGGAAUGAAACCGUGGACACAGAUUUAAUCCAGCCUCAUCUCAACAGCAUUCAGCUGGUUCUUCCUCUGGUCAAACAUGUGGACAGCACGGAGGUAGACGAGACAGGAGUUCACUUUGUGGAACUGGUUCAAACACUAAUCAGAGACACUGAGCAGAGAGAACACUUCUUCCAGAACGUGUUUCCACUGGAGUUUGGUCCCAGCUAUGACUCUGCCCUUCAGACACUGAUGUGGGACUUCCUAUCCCAACUGGAGCACUUCCUACCAGUGCCAGACCUCCUUCAGACUGCGGUCUGGCUCAGAUCUGAGUCUUCCGCUUUAAAAGACUGUGAGGAAUCCAUCAGCAACCCAGAUAGCUUGAGAUCACUGCUCCAUCACCAUAAGUGCCUUGGACAUCUGGACACUUGCGCCUCGUCAUCGUCGCCGAGAGUCGGUGACUGCAUCCUGACCGCUCUGUCUGCCAAGGCAAGCCGAGUGGCUCAGAUAAACUCCGGCGAUAGUCUCAAUCCACCUGCUCCCAGUGAGAUGCCCGUGUGCGUAAUGGACGGAACCGACGUCGAGACUGUAGUGGUCACAUCCGAAUGGACGGAGAUUGAACUACAUGCGAACCAGAUCAGAGAGGACAAUAGCGAGGACGGCGAUCAUUCACCCCCUGCUGCUGACGGCGAUCAGAGGGAGUCACGGAUUAACGGAAGCACUGAGGAGAGUGAGAAGCACACCGACGCUGAGAACUAUAUCGGAGAAUCUGCACCGACACGGAACAGAAACGAUGGCUCUGUAGGACGCGCUGAACACAUGACUGCAGAAGCAGAACGACUGGCGAGACUGAAUCUGUCCUGUAGCGUCACACCUCCUCUGGAGUCUACACUCACUGUGCCUGUAACCGCUGCUGACGGAGCUGCCGGGACCCGCAGAUCAGCUCGAAAGCCUAAGAAGACUUGGAAGUUGAAAUCGGUUAACCUCCCGAAGCGGAAACGCAGCCACGGCGCGGUAACCGGUCAGAAGCGAGAGAGAACGCCGCUUGCACCCGUGAGAAACUCCGGAACGGUCACAGAAGUGGACGGAGAACGUAUCCCCUCAGAUAACGGGGAUGCUGCUGAGCUGCCUGUGCCUCCUGGUCUUGACACAAGUGAUGGAAAUACAGAGCUCUCCUCCAAGACAUUCUCCUGCCCUCAGUGCCCGUAUACACACGUCCAGGAGCGAUACGUGAAAAGUCACAUGAAAAAGGUCCACACGGUUUCGUCGGCGACCGAGAAAGAGCCACACGUGUGCCAGGUGUGUGGCAAAGGCUACCGUUACCCGGGCAUGCUGAAGGCGCACGAGCGCAGCCACACGGGCGAGCAGCCCUUCCAGUGCACGGCGUCGCACUGCGGCCGCCGCUUCUCCUACGUUCAAGCCCUGCGGCGCCAUCGUUUGGUACACGGUCUCAAAAAACCCCCUCCGACCCUCCCUGGCGAGCCUGUUCCGGAAGCUCAGCCUCAGAACAAUGAAUCCUGGAUGUACACCUGCCUGUAUUGCAGCGAGAGCUUCAGCUCGCUCAGUGCUCGCCGCGAGCACCACAAGACGCAUCCCGAGGACGAUCUGAAGCGCUGCAACGACUGCGGCAAGAGACUGAGCUGUCAGGCAGCGCUGAUCAGGCACAAGCGAGGCCACGUGGGCGAGCGACCGCACAAAUGCCUGCUCUGCAACUCCAGCUUUGUGUGCGCCACCAGUUUCAAGCGGCACAUGCUCGUGCAUCAGCCCGAGAGGCCGUACCGCUGCAGCUGCGGUAAGGGCUUCACGUACAAAGGCGCCCUACUCUCCCAUCAGCGCACUCACACAGCCGAGAGACGCUACAGGUGUUCUCACUGCAGCAGGUGCUUCCUCUACCCCGGAGAGCUGAGGAAGCACGAAAGGACGCACUCUGAUGAGAAACCGUACCUGUGCCCGCACUGCGGCAAGAGUUUUAAGAGAGAGAGGAUCCUCCGUGCGCACGUAGCCGGCCACACCGAGGACAAAAUCUUCAAAUGCUCGGUCUGCAACAAAACGUUCGCGUAUAAAGCGAGCCUGACCAGGCACGAGCUCACGCACACAGGCGAGCGGCCGUUCCUCUGCUCGGACUGCGGCAAGACCUUCUUUUCGUUCGGGGAGCUGCUGAAACACCAGCGCUACCACACGGGGAUCAAGCCGUUCCAGUGCUCACACUGUGACAAGAGCUUCACGCAGGCCUGCUACCUGCAGCUGCACACCAGGUACCACACCGGCGUGCGCCCAUACACGUGCCCCCAGUGCGGCAAAAGCUUCUUCACGUCAUGCCGCCUCAAGAGACACAUGCAGAUCCACACGGACGAGAAGCCGUUCGAGUGCGCCCAGUGCGGCAAGAGAUUCAGGCAGGCGUAUGUGCUGAAAGUGCACCAGCGCACUCAUUUGGAGAAAGAACUGAGGGUUUAAUGGAAGAGACUUUUGUUUUGAGUGUUGUUUUUGUUGUUGUAAUUAACAAUAAUGAAGCUGACUCUUUUUUUUUUUGGUAUAUUUUCGUUUUCCAGACAGUUUGAAAUUUUGCACUUUCAGCACAAAUCAGAAAAUAAAUUUGCCUUUUCAGUCAGCAACAGCAGGUCGAGUUAUUUGCAUGUGGACAUAACUCCUGUGUUUUGCAGGUUUAGCAGGUUUAACAGGUUUACCUGUAAGAAACAGCAGUUCCUCAUCUGAUUGUUCGCAGAUAGCCGAAUGCAUUAAGGAAGAAAAGGCACAGGUGACUGCAGAUCUGCUUACACACAAACAUGCGAGUUGUGUGACCUUAGAUAACGAAGACACACUCUAUGGCCAAAAGUACGUGGACACCUGACCAUCACACCCAUUUGUGCUUUUUGAACAUCCCGUUCCAGAUGUUCCCAACCUCCACUCUUUUCCGAGAAUGCUUUCCUCUAGAUUUUGGAGAUGCCCACAAACUUUUAGACAUAUAGUGUACAGUAAAAUUAAUCACACGUUAGGCCGAAUGACCACUGAUGUUCAUUUAUUUCCAGUAACCACAAGAUUGACAGGAACACUGGUGCUACAUGAUUGAAUGAUUGGAUAACUGCAAAAAUUAUGCAGUGCAGGUGUUCCUAUUAAAGCGGACCAAAGUCUGCCUGAAAAACUGUCAUUCUUUGUUUGUCCACUUGAUGUCAGCACUGCUUCGUCGAAAGUAGGGCUAUCUGGCAGUAACCCCCUUUUAGUACAUUAAGCCCCAGCCUCUAUAUAUCAUACUGUAAAUCCGACCUGAAUAUUCAGAGUGAAAAACAUCAGUUAAAAGUGCAAUUUGAUAUAAGUACUUGUACUAAUGGGUAGGUUUUGUGAGGAAAGUUGUGUUGAUUGAGGAGGGAUGGAGGGGAGGGGUGGGGUGAGGGCGGGGGGGUGGUCAGCUUAUCCCGCUUUCUGUAUUUCUGUGCAGUCAAGAGAAUAAUCAAUACAAAACCCUGAAAACACAAAAGGCGCCAAAGGGCAGAUGCCUGUGGGUGUCUGGACCGAGUUCCCCUGCUCCUCCUCCCUGACUCUCAGCUUUGGAGUCCAGCUGUGCGAGCAGAAAGAGCAGAUUGGCUGUAGUUCCCUGCUGCUGUGCACUGACCUUCUAUAUACAGUAGCUCAGCGGAUAGGAGUUGCCCUUUUGCAUUGAUGUCUGAUUAGCUUUCUCUGCUUACGUCAGAACGUAAAGGUACUAAUUACGUAUUUGUUGUAAGGAGGUUGCAACCAAACACACCACCAUUGAUUUCUCCACAGUAUUUCCACUUUGGGGUAAGCCCACUGCCUUUUUAAAGGCCAAGUAAACCUUGUUAGCUUGAUGCAUUUUCCUUAUUAAAGAAAGAAACGUUAGCAAUUCUGAGCCUAAAAGCGGGGGAAUGUGUAUUCUGUUGGGAACUACAUAUAUCCUGUUGCUCAAGAUCUUUCUCUUAUUACACACUCCUGCUAUGAAUGACUACUCACAUGACACCAGGCGAAAGAGUGUAUUUCAAGUCUUAUUAGAUAGUUAUCUG